AAUGUUCGUAUCUUACCUCGGACAGUUCUUUACAUGGCAGACUCAGAGACCUUCAUUAGUCAGGAAGAAUGUCGAGGCCACAAAAGAGCAAAGAAAAGUACAACUAUGGAAAAGGCAUUUGCCCUUGAAAAACUUUUCCCGAAACAAUGCCAAGUCCUCGGAAUUGUGACCCCAGGAAUUGUAGUGACUCCAAUGGGAUCAGGUAGCAAUCGACCUCAGGAAAUAGAAAUUGGAGAAUCUGGAUUUGCUCUAUUAUUUCCUCAAAUUGAAGGAGUGAAAAUACGGCCCUUUCAUUUUAUUAAGGAUCCAAGGAAAUUAAUAUUAGAAAGGCAUCAAUUCGCAGAAGUAGGUCUUCUGGACAACCCUGAGCUGCGCGCGGUCCUUGUAUUUGGUUACAACUGCUGCACGGUGGGAGCGAGCAGUUACUUGCAACGAGUGAUCAGCACCUUCAGUGAAAUGAACGUGGUCUUGUUUGGAGGCCAGGUGGAUAACUUGGUGUCUCUGACCUCUGAACGGAGACCUCUGGAUAUUGAUGCCACUGGUGUGGUUGGACUGUCAUUUAGUGGACACCAAAUCCAAAGCGCCACCGUGCUGCUCAACGAGGAUGUCAACAGCCAGAAGACGGUGGAGGCAGCCAUGCAGCGGCUCAAAGCAGCCAACAUUCCAGAGCAGAACACCAUCGGCUUCAUGAUCGCAUGCGUGGGCCGGGGCUCUCAGUAUUACAGGGACAAGAGCAACGUGGAGGCUGACGCCUUUAGGAAGUUUUUUCCGAAUGUGCCACUGUUAGGCUUCUUUGGAAAUGGAGAAAUUGGAUGUGAUCGCAUAGUCACUGGGAACUUUACAUUGAAGAAAAGCGAAGUGAAGGAUAAGGACCUGUUUCAUAGCUAUACCACAAUAAUGGCUCUCAUUCAUCUAGGGGUAUCCAAAUGAAGCCCCCCCCCCAGCCACGUGGCUUUGACAACGUACAAAGCUGCGGCUCUGCCUUUUCUAGAAAAUGGAAAUGGGGGAAAUGUGUAUUUAAAUAAAAAUAGCUUUAUACUUUAUCUGUUUCAUAGCUCUGACCCUCUAAAGAUUUGUGUUGGGGUCACUUUUUAAUAUAUUAGAUGAAGAAUGACUCUCUACAUGAUACAGACCUAGAGCGAGUCCUUGUCCCAAGUGGCCCAAUGGUACCGGAUCAUGUAGCUAAUGCGGAACACACAGGCUUGAGCAGACUCAGCAGUGGACUGAAGACCAGCUAUUCCGAGACUACCUCUGACUGUCGGGAGAUCUGUAAACAAUUAUGACUUUUCUCCCUUCAGGAUGGAGAGACAAAUAGGUGGCUGAGAAAUCUUUGCUCUGUUUUGCAACUUUGCCAAUUUUUUCCUGAAGCUUAACAGUUAUUACUGACUUUCUACUCAUUUGGUAAAACAUUAAAGAACUAUUUUUGUUUUAGUACUCUAAGGUUGCUUAGUCAAAUGACUGCCAACACUAAUCAGUUAUUACUUUAUAAGGAAAAAAACCUUUUCCUUAAAUUGCCUGAGAAAAAUACUAUUCCCCACAGACUUUUCAGUAGAGUGAGCUGGCAGACCAGUUGACAUGUUCUGGUUUUACAUACCAAUAAAACGCAUCUUGGAAACUUA